AUUUAUUUUUCUGCGUAUACAGAACGUACUUUCCUUUCAUUGUAUUCCAAAAAAGAUAAUAUUAUUAUAUACUUGCGGUUAUUUACAACUGCAAAUAAUGUGUCACUAAUUUUUAGUGCAAAUAGCACAAAAUACGACUUGCACGGCAAAUAAGUAUACGAGGCAAUCACGAUAAAUAAAAACCAAACUUGGAUUUGUAGCUUGCUUUGAGUUUGCGGCAUCAUGGAGGAUCCCAAUCGCAUGUUGGCCCACACCGGCGGCAUGAUGGCUCCGCAAGGAUACGGCUUGUCUGGCCAGGACGAUGGCCAGAAUGCCGGCAGCGAGAACGAGGUGCGCAAGCAGAAGGACAUCGGCGAGAUAUUGCAACAGAUAAUGAGUAUCUCGGAGCAAUCGCUUGACGAGGCCCAGGCCAGAAAACAUACACUCAACUGUCACCGAAUGAAGCCGGCACUUUUCUCUGUACUUUGCGAAAUCAAGGAGAAGACCGUCCUGUCGAUUCGCAACACCCAGGAGGAGGAGCCCCCAGAUCCGCAACUGAUGCGCUUGGACAACAUGCUGAUUGCCGAGGGCGUGGCUGGACCCGAGAAGGGCGGUGGCGGAGCAGCGGCUGCCUCUGCGGCUGCGGCCAGCCAGGGCGGUUCCCUGUCCAUCGAUGGUGCUGACAAUGCCAUUGAGCAUUCCGACUACCGUGCCAAGCUGGCACAGAUCCGUCAAAUAUAUCACCAGGAAUUAGAGAAGUACGAGCAGGCAUGCAACGAGUUCACCACGCAUGUCAUGAAUCUUCUACGCGAACAGAGUCGCACGAGACCCAUUACACCAAAGGAAAUCGAGCGAAUGGUGCAGAUCAUCCACAAAAAGUUUAGUUCCAUACAAAUGCAGCUGAAGCAGUCGACCUGCGAGGCUGUAAUGAUACUUCGUUCGCGUUUCCUGGACGCACGCCGCAAGCGUCGCAACUUCAGCAAGCAGGCAUCCGAGAUUCUCAACGAGUACUUCUACAGUCACUUGAGCAACCCAUAUCCAUCCGAAGAGGCCAAAGAGGAGUUGGCGCGAAAGUGUGGCAUCACGGUCUCGCAAGUAUCGAAUUGGUUUGGCAACAAGCGUAUUCGCUAUAAGAAGAACAUUGGUAAGGCACAGGAGGAGGCCAAUUUGUAUGCGGCCAAGAAGGCGGCUGGUGCUUCACCGUAUUCCAUGGCCGGUCCACCCAGCGGGACAACCACACCCAUGAUGUCACCCGCUCCGCCACAGGAUUCCAUGGGCUAUCCAAUGGGUUCCGGCGGCUACGACCAGCAGCAACCGUACGACAACAGCAUGGGCGGCUACGACCCAAAUCUCCAUCAGGAUCUAAGCCCCUGAGGAUCAGGGCUGUGAACCACUUCCAGUCCGGAGAAUCCCUCAUACAGUUGCGGUCAAAAUAACUGCGCUGAAAAAUCGAACACGCAGUUUCUUCAUAAUUAUGCGGUUUAUAUUUGCUUCUUCGCCAAGACCAACAAUCCUUAAGGGAUUUUUUAAUUCAGCUUUCUGUCCUUUGUUUUCGAGUCGGAUAAGUUUAAAGUUCCCAUAAAUUUAGAUAUAGUUUCGAUAGAUAUACAUACAUACAUACGUGAGUAGAAUAUAAAUACGUAAUAGCUAGUUUGUGCUUGCUACAUUUUGGUUGGCAGAAAAAACUGCCUGCUUUAAAUCAAAAAAAAAGAAAGGAAAUGAGCAUGAUGCUGAUAUGGUUUUCUAAUUGGCACAGUCUCCUGCUUUUUAACAAUAUAUGCAUGCAGGAUGUAUUAGGAAAUCGAAAAUUGAAUAAUUGCCUAAUUAAGAAUAUUUUUUGCCCGAAAAGAAAACGAAUAUAGUUUGCGCGCUUUUUUUUUUUAAAUUCACAAUCAAUUGAAAUGGAAAGCAUGUUGUUUGUGGCAUGUCAACUGUAAAAUACAUAAAUACGUAAUAAUUCGUUUAAGCGAUUAUAAUUUGUUCAGCGUUCUUGAAAAGGGUUAAUAACCGAAUGCAGUGACUUUUUCUGCGCAGCCCCAUUAGCUAUAUAUAUUAACCAUCGAAAACAUAUGCAAAGAAACUCGAUUAAACUGGUAGUAUACGAAUAUUUUCACAACGAGUGGAGGAGGCACAAGUUUCAGGGCUAUUAUUUUGACCGCAGCUGUGUAUAAAUAUAUUUUAAUACAUUUACCUACAUUUGCGGGUAUAUACAAAUAUUGCAUGUAAAUCAUACUAUGACGAUUCUUUUUUGGCUACAGUACGUAUACGACAGCAAAAUAGUGUUUACUAAAUUUAAAACUGUACGAAAUUUUUAAAAACUUGAACAAUACGAAAAUACGAAACUAAACCAUGUAUACGAUGUAUAUCCAAUAAAUAAAUAAUACAUGUUGUUGUUAUCCGCACACACGUCAACUAAUUACAAAAAUAUUUUGAAUGUAAAAACGGAAAAGAAAAGUCUUGGACAAACUAAAUGUCACAUUUCUAUCGAAAGACGAAUUGUAUUAUUUAACCGUUUAAAACAUUUAAUAGAUUUAAUUACGUGUAUUUUGAAUGUCUCAAAACAAUUGUUUGCUUCUUACAUCCAAGAAAGUAUUCAAAAUUAAAGCUUAAUGGAUUUCUUGCUAUAAAAACGAAAUUCCCAACUUAAUUGCAUCAUAAAAUCAAGAACAAAUUCGUCUUUCGCUUAGUAAGAAGUAUACACAACUUAUUGCCCCCAAUUAAAAUGGAUAUGAAAACAGAUUACAUUUGAAAGUAUACAAAACGAUUAUAAUUUUAAUUGAUAAAUAACAUAUGUCUUUGCCAGACUUUCGCUCACAUUACGGUCAAAUGAAACCAUUCAAUGUAUUUCAGUAAGUAAGGUACUGCAUUAAACAUUUUGGAUAACAAUAGAAAAAUAUAUAAAUACACAACUUUACACGAAUAA